UUUCCACUCUCCACCUUCAUCCCCAUCUUCAUCUUCAUCAUGGCCGACUGGACCGACUGUCUGAACUUCGGCAUCUCCAUCGCCAAACAGGCCAGCGAGGUGGUUCUGUCGGCGUUCCAGCAGCAGAAAGACGUGAAGCUGAAAAGUUCUCCGGCUGAUUUGGUGACAGAAACAGACCAACGAGUCGAGAAGAUCCUCAUCUCCGCCAUCAGGAACAAAUACCCUCAUCACAGGUUCAUUGGGGAGGAGUCCGUGGAGGCAGGAGAACGCCUGGAGCUGACCGACAGCCCCACCUGGAUCAUCGACCCCAUCGAUGGCACGGUCAACUUUGUCCACAGGUUCCCAUUUGUGGCCAUUUCCAUCGCCUUCACCGUCAACAAGCAGACGGAGUUCGGCGUGGUGUACAGCUGUGUGGAGGACAAACUCUUCUACGCUCAGAGAGGAAAAGGAGCGUUUCUGAACGGAGAACCACUGCACGCCUCCGGACAGGAAGACAUCAGCAGGUGUGUGGUGGUGACAGAGAUUGGGGCUGAGCGUGAUGACCUUUCGCUGUCCACCAUGACCUCCAACAUCUUCAGGCUGCUCAAACUUCCUGUUCACGGUGUCCGUGCGAUGGGGACGGCGGCAGUUGACAUGUGUCAGGUGGCGACAGGCGGGGCCGACGCCUACUAUCACAUCGGGAUGCACUGCUGGGACAUCGCUGCCUCGGCCAUCAUUGUGCAGGAGGCUGGAGGUGUCGUCAUGGAUACCGAUGGCUCAGACUUCGACAUGAUGUCCAGGAGAGUCAUCGCCGCCAGCUCCUCCGCUGUGGCCAAUCGCAUCACUGAAGUCGUUCAGGCCUUUCCCUGUCGCCGUGACGACGAGGACCCCUGCAGGUGCAUCUGCGGCACGGCAGGUGUGAACGGAGUCUAG